UCCGGGAACAUGGCGGAGACCGGGGCGGCGGAUUGCAGUUGCCGAAGUGCAAGGAGAGUCUGGAUGUAAAGGGCCUGGGUGUGACACUACAGGACACAUGUUAGCCGUGUCUCCGGUGGACAGUGGACACGUGUGUAGUGGUGUUGGAGUCGGAGUUUUGACGUUUGGUCCACGGAGCGGAGCGGAGCGCGCGCGCACACACACACACACACAGCUCCAGCCCCUGUGUGUGUGUUAGCAGCAGCAGCAUUCUGCCAGGCCGUGUUAUAGUGGAGCUCCUGACGCGGACAGCAUACCUCUCACCCUGUCAUCUCUCCUCCUAAUCUCUCUCUAAUCACCGCACAGACCUCCUUUUACAGCUUUUUAUCAUGCGCUCUUUUACUCCGAAUGUUUAGCUGCUCUUCAGUUAGCCAACAGAUAUUGCUAGCACCUUCCCACUCGCUGGUAGUAAUGCUUUGUCGAAAUGACAUGAGAGUGAUUUUCGCGUCUUAAACUUUUACUUUCCGUUUUGUUGACAACGAGGGACUCUCCGCGGCCGCAUUGUCAUCUUUUCACCCAUGUCUUCUUGUGUCCCGGAUGGCUCCAGGCUCCAUCUGCACCCUUGCGCCUUGCUUUAAACUAAACAUGCAUUUCUUUGUAAAUCACACAGAGGCAUCUCUCCCGCUCCUGAUGAACAUCUGCUGUUAUGCAUGUAACUUCACUUUGAGUAUACAGCAUUGAAACUUAGUCUUGAAUCGCCCCAUAUACCAUGCUGGCUCUGUCCUUUCGCCUUGGCCUCUUAAGCUGCGGGAGAUUUUCCUUGCCUGCACAGUCUUCCCGCCUUCUGGCUCCAGGUGCUCUUGCCAGCAUGUAUGCCACACGCCUGUACAGUGGUGCAGGGGGCAAGCCUGGUCGCCGCAUUGGCCUGAUGGGGGGAGGCCAAACCAUGCUGGAGAAUCAUCACCACCCCCUCGCCCCUCAUCAUCCGCACAUCCCGCCUCCCCAGAGUUUCCCUCCUCCGCUCUACCAGGGCCGUGUAGAUGCCCACCGAACCUACUACCAGCCCCAUCAGCACUACCACACCCCGCCUCAGAUCCCUCACCUCCCCCCUCCACACUACCAACCCCAUGCCCACAUGCACCACAACAAAAAGAAGACCUGGAACUUCAUCCACGAGAAGAUGAGCUACGACACCUUCUUUACCAUGAAGCGUCUGAUCGACCGGUCACGCAGCGUGGACGAGGUGCUCCGCUGGGUCACUCAGAACCCGGGGAAGAUCUCGCACAACCACUACCCUAUCGCCUUACAGAAAAUCGGCCAGCUCCUGGCACUCCAGCAGGCUGGAGCAAUUGGAGGUGGAGGAGGAAGCCUAGGGAGCAGUGGGGUGACUGCAGAGGGAGCACUGUCUUCACCCCCUGCUGUAGGUUCGGCAGACGGCGCGACUCGACAGAUUCUGGAUCACCCGGAUUUCCAGACCCUCUGUGACGCCAUUGUUAAUGACUGCUCCAAGUUUGACAACUUUAGCAUCGUCAACUGCCUUUACGCCGUGGCUGCACUUGGGCUGCCCAGUGACUCUCGGAUAGUGCAGGUGCUGGAGGAGGAGUCGCAGGGCCGCCUGUCACAGUUCAAUCAGAAGGACAUCUCCAUGGUGUUCAGCAGCUGCAUGAAGCUGCACCCAUCCAGCCAGCACCAACUCAUCGAGUCGUGUCUGGCAGGCUUAGAGAAGAAUAUCGAGCGCGAGCGUCACCCACAGACGCUCUUCCUACUGCUCUCUUACUACCGCACCAAGUGGCGCGCACUGCAGGCGGCUGACACCACCUCAGCGGAACAGCUCGUGGUCGACCGCAAGAUCCUGCGCCUGGUCAAACACACGCUGGCCAGCGUCAGCUGCGUACGUGACCACGAGAUGACCUUACUGGACGAGAUGCUUGCGGCAUGCGCCCGGGAGGCCAGCAACAAGAGCCUUGAGCUCAUCUUCAGCUCUCACCUCUUCUACCAGAACAGGCAGGAGAAGUUCGUGAGCAGCCUAGCUGAUGAACUGCCUAAAAAGGUCGACAGCAUCACCCCUUACACCAUGGCUCUUAUCGCCAAGUAUAUCGCACGCCAUCGCCUCAGAGAAACACAACUACUAGACACUAUUGCAGAGUUCCUGGUCAAGAAGUGCGAGUACUUAGACAGCAAGGUGAUCCAGAAGCUCGUGUUCCCUUUCAGCCGCAUGAGUUAUCGGCCAGCUAAUGAGGCUCAGUUCUUCUCUAAGCUGGAAAUGGUGCUGGAGCUGAAAGCUCUGAGCUCACCGCUGGCUACCGUCAACAUCCUCAUGUCCCUCUUCCAGCUUGGACACUUUCCCAGCCUGGUGCUGCACAGGGUCUUCUCACCCUCCUUUAUCAGCAACGUCACCAACAGUCCGUAUGCUCUGAUUGUACGCCGCUAUUUGUCCCUGCUGGACGCUGCGGUGGAACUCGAGCACAGAGAGUACACAGGGCCUCGUCUGCAGGACUCACACAAAGUGCUCAUGUUUGAUCACGCACUCACUGCUGACGAGGUCAACCGCAAGUACAGUUACAAAGGUCUUGUUGCCGAAGCCCUCAGGCAGUUGGUUGGAGAGCACGGUUACAAGCAAGAUGAAGUUCUACCUCCUGGAUAUUACACAGAUUUCUUGCUGUGGAUAGACCAUGCGGGCCGUGUUCUUCCCAUCAGAGCAGGCUCUGCAGCGGUCUCAUUAACAGCAGACUCUUCAAUGUGCACGGUUGUGAACCCCAAAUCACCAGACGGUUCCUCUUCUGUUGCUGCUCUCACCUCUGACUUCCAAAAGUUCUCUCCCUUCUCACCGCCGAUAGAGGAGGGCGUCGACAAACAGCCCGAAAACGAUUCCACCUUCCUGCCGCCCCACAUGCAGAGAGUGGGCACCAAUGGAGCAGUGCCACUGGACUACAACACCUAUUACCCAGCUUCAGAUUACUACACCAGCCUGGCCAAGGAGCACUCUCUUGAGAGCCAGGACAGCUCAACAUUGAGCAGUCCUUCAGAAUGUCUGGCUCAAGCUGGGCCAGCUGUCCCCGGGGCCACUGCACCACAGGACUCCCUCUUCCAGUUCUCCAUUGGAAAGAUACUGGAUGACGAGAGUGGUGCAUCCAUUCAAGUAGGGGCCAAUUCAGGACCAGACUGCAGUAUCACACCUUUCUAUGAAGGUGUGACCUAUGAGGCAGGAGAUAGCAAUGCAGUUACUGCUGCUCCACUCCAGUUGCAUUCAGCAAAAGCCUCUGAGAUGGAGAGGACAACUGGGGAGCCCAUUAAAAGGGUGAUAAUGUCUGUAAACGAUAAAUGGCACUACUGCCACAACUCGGAUGUGCUCGUGGGUUCCCGUGCCAUGAGAGACCGUCACCUGCAGCUGCUAGGCUACGUCAUAUUACAGUUGCCCUAUCUGGAGUUGGAGAAGCUGAAUGGAAUCGAGGAAGUGAAGCAGUACCUGCACAAAAAGCUCCUGGAGGUCCCUUUAUGACGGUGGAAAAGCCGAGGAGUGUGUAUGUGACCAUGAGCGUGUGUGUGUGUGUGUGUGUGUCUGUGUGUCUGUGUGUGUGAGAGAGAGAGCAUGUCUGCAAGCAUGUGCAACGUUCUGUUUAAAAAAACAUUGGUGUUUUGAGGAAGUUUGUGUGUGUGUGUGUGUGUGUGUGUGUUUACAGGAUGUGAACAAUCCUGUCUUUUAGGACAACUUGUGGUGACACUAAGCCGGUGGGUGGGUGUAUUUAGUUCUUGACUUAGGGAAGGGUUGAUGAUACCUUUCUGGGCAAAAUGUAAAAACAGUGGAAACAACUGUGACACCCAUGAACUUCCUCCAACCUCCCAGAACACCCACAACCUGCACAACACAAUCACAUAGCCAGAGCUUGCUAAUUUUUCUGGUGCUUAUUAGUACGCAGUGCUGCUUUUAAAACGAAUGAUUUGGGAUGAAGUCAGAUUUACUGCCAAAUUUGAAUACAGUGAGUCAGUGUCACAUUUUGAGGCAUUAGUUUUGCACUGGAGCUACAAAGCUAACUAACAAAUAACGACUGCUCAGCAUCAUGCAAACUUAAUCAUAUAUAUGUAUACGUUUUUGGAUGAGCGCAAUGAUUUCGCAUAAAGUGGGGUACAAAAGUCUGAGCGCACUUGGGAAAAUGCUCUGUUUUGCGUUUUUAUAGUUUAAUACAAGUUUUCAUUACGGAUUAUAUAACUGGGAACAACUUGAGUGAAAGGUAGAAUCUUUUUAAACGGUACAUGAGUUUCUGAAUUUCUCAGUAUUUGGUUUGUCUCCAGAGUGUACCAGAGCUGGCAUGGCAUUUCCACACGCUUGUGCAAAACCUUAUGAUUCAUUUUAGAUCAAAUCCAUGAGCGUGAACACUUGUUUAGAAACAAUGCAGAACGUUGAAGAUUUACUUUCUUUGUUUUAGAUAUUUUAUUAUUCAGAAAACCUUCCGUUUAUUUUCAUGUGCCAGAUUUUCAAUGUGGUCUCAGACUUUUGGACUUCAUCGUAGCUGGAAAGUGUAUUAGAAGUUCUUUUGAAAGCAGAAUUCGAUUAGAAAUGUUUAAAUAAGUAACUGUGUUCUGUGGUUUAAUGGAAUAGCUGGUUGAUGUAUGAAUUAGAUUACUUUACAGUACUAUCCAGGGCCAGAUUCUUUGUACAUGGCUUAUGUAAGAGAAAAAUGUUAGAUUUAAUAAUGAUGGUUAUUCUAAAUGAGCUUGAAAUGCACCUCAGAGCUGUAUUGCUGUAGCUGUCCGAGACGACCGUGUGCUCCUACAGAGAUACAAAUAAGACGGUUAUGACGUGAAGGGUGGACGUAACAAGAUCUGAACACGUGCAGAAAGUCAGUGUUGUGAAUGAGAAUGGUACGUGAGAAGACGGAAGAGGCAAAACAGUUAAGAGAUAUGUAAUACACUUAAAGUCAGGAAAUUUGCAAUGUUCAUGCUGCUUUAUUUGUGGUCGGUUUUGGUACUUUCAGUUUCUCGAAUGGUUUCUUUUGUGCUCUCGUCUAAAGAAAACAGUCUGUACAAUAAUGCAAAAGAACAGGAUGACAACGGCAAUAUUUCACUAUGAUAACACUCGGCUGUAUAGAUAGUGAAGCACCAAUGAGACUUAAUAAUAAUCCAUUGUAUCCAACUCUCACUUGACAUUUUCUUGAGCUGAAAACAGAAAUUAACCAAAACCUGGCCAGUCUCAAUUGAUUUGAGGAUUUUACUGACUGAUAUAUACUCACAAUAUAUAUAAAUGUACAUGUAUUUAACUGUAUAAUCUUGUUUCUGCACAAGAAUCCUGCGCGGGAGCAGGUUUGAGCCCGACAACCUCGUCUUGUAGAAAUCCAGGCUCAUGAUCCAGUCCAGCUAAUUCACUAAUCCACAUCCUCAAAUCUCAAGAUUUCAGAUAGCACUAUUACCUUCAAUUCGGGUGAUAAUUAUGUUAGCCUCCUGGCUCUGAUGUAAAACUAAAUGAAUUGAUAUAACGGGUAAAAUUGGACGCACCCAGGAAUCAGAAAUUUAUUAAUAAAAGAUGCCUAUUUUUAUAGUUUGCCAUAACAGCAGAUUUCAGGGGUGCUGAAAUACAGGGAGAAGAGAAUGUCUCGACGAAUAAAUAUAUAUAAAUAAAUAAAUAAAUAAACGAUCGAUAGUGUAGAUCGGGUAAGGAACGUAAUAGUGA